CUUUGGCAGGAUGAAUACAGUUUAUUAUAGGUUAGGAGUUACGCGAAAAGAUAUUAAAAUUACAAAUCUUUUUUCUAUUAAUUGUAUACUGAACAGUAUAUUUUAACAACAAAGUAUAAACCGUUAUAUUAAUAAUGCUAAAGGGUCUUGUGAGUUUGGUUACCGGAGGAGCUUCAGGACUUGGGAAAGCGACUGUGGAACGAUUGGUACAAAAUGGUGGGAGGGUCGUUAUAUUAGAUAUUCAAGGUACAAGAGCGCACCAAGUUGCAAAAGACCUAGGGGACCAAGUUUCAGUUUCUGUUGGUUGUAUAACAUCUGAAGAAGAUGUUAAGAAAGCCCUAGACUUAGCAAAGUCUAAGUUUGGUAGAUUAGAUACAUUAGUCAACUGUGCCGGUCAUGCUCAAACAAGUCAAGUAUAUAACUUCUUUAAAGACAGGGAAACUGAAAUGGAGCAUUUUGUUAAAUGUGUAAAUGUAAAUACAAUAGGUACAUUCAAUACUAUAAGAUUAGCGGCAGGUCUAAUAGGCAAGAAUGAACCAACAGAAGAUGGACAAAGAGGAGUUAUCAUAAACACAGCCUCAACAAUAGCUUACGAAGGUGACAUAGGUCAAGCAGGCUACGCUGCAUCCACUGCGGCAGUUAUUGGUAUGACGUUGCCAAUAGCGAGAGAUCUAGCUCCUAGGGGUAUUCGAGUUGUGACCAUAGCACCAGGUUUUUUCGACACUCCAUUGAUAAGAUAUUUACCAGAGAAAAUGAUAGAAUUUUUAAAACGGAUGACUCCCUUCCCAUCAAGAUUAGGCAAGCCAGAGGAAUACGCUCAUCUCGUUACUAGUAUAAUAGAAAAUCCUAUGUUAAAUGGUGAAGUUAUAAGAUUAGACGGUGCCCAACGGUGGUUCCCGUUAUAAAUAUAAGUUAUAUAGUGUA